AACAAACCUAAUGUUAACAUGAAUAUAUGACCUCUCUUUCUAGAAUUGCGUUGCUACAAAUGUAUGACCAAAUAAAUAAAAAUUCAAAGUGUCAAAAUAAAACACAUCCUAACCUAAAAUAAAAACCCCCUCUACUGAAGAUUGUUUAUUUAUGUUUUUGAGUUUCUGUAUGUUAUAGAGUUUGACAAAUAAUUUAAAAUAUUUACAUUUAAAAUGGAUCAGCAGACUAAUCCCCAUAGAAAAAUGCUUGCCAUAGCAGUUUCUAGUGUCGUUAAAGAGUCAGGCUUUGAGUAUGCAGAAAAAGAGGCCCUGGGUACUUUAACUGAAAUGAUGCAAGCUUUUUUAUGUCAAGUAGGUCAUUUGGGCAGAAACUAUUGUGAGCUCUCUGGAAGAGUGGAGCCAUUGAUAGCAGAUAUUGUUUUAGCCUUUACAGAAAUGGGAUUCAACUUCAACACUUUAGGGUCCUACCUUAAAAGUGGAAAACAUGCUGUUCUUCCAACUUUGCAACCACAGCAGCCUCAAAAACAAUUAAACAUGCUAUCAGCAGGGUCGAAGGAACCUUUGCCAAAUCAUAUUCCAAAACAUUUGCCACCAUUUCCUGAUCCGCACGCUUAUGUUCGGACUCCUACCCACAAACAACCAAUAAUCGACUACGAAUCAGUAAGAGAAAAGGCUGCUAUGCAAAAAAAGGAUGUUGAAAAGGCAUUAACAAAGUUCUUGGCCAAAACAAGCCCUACGCAUAACCUUUUUGACACUGAGGAAGGAAAUAUAUUUCCCUUAAUUGCAAUUAAACCACCCUACCCCCCAUAUCUAAGUGCUCUAUUGCCUCAAGACCAGAUAUUUGACCCAGAAGAUCUAGAUUUUGAUCCAAAGAGCCAAAUAUUGCAACAGCAGAAAGAGCACAAAGAGGCACAAAAUAUCAAGAAGGAAGAGGAGGAAGAAGAACCUGAAGGUGAUGGCACCGAAAUUCCUAUGAAUGAAACAGUCAAGAGCGAAGAAGGCACUCAGAAUAGCACUUUUAUUGAUAACCCUUAUUUGGCCGCGACCAAAAUGCCCAUGAAGGAACAGAAUAUCGAUAUUAUAAGUUAGGUAUUGUAUAUAAACGGUAUUAAUUUUAGUUUAAGAUGCAAGAGAUAGUGGUUUUUUUUUAUUGUUUGUUUUUUAAUAAAGUUUUGGAAAUCCA